AUGUCCUCCCUCCGCAAUGCCGUAGCACGGCGUCCUCAUCGAGAACGUGGUCAAAUCCAAUCCCGCGAGAAAUGGGGUCUACUAGAAAAGCACAAGGACUACUCCUUACGUGCCAAAGACUACAACACUAAGAAGAAGAAAAUCGCCCAAUUGUCCCAAAAAGUCCGCGAGAAGAAUCCCGAUGAGUUUGCCUUUGGUAUGCUCAGCCAGGGCAAGGCCGGCUUGGGAAAGCAUAAGUCAGGAGCAAAAGCAAACGGCGAUGCAGGUGGGCCUCUUAGCCACGAUGCGGUCAAGUUGUUGAAGACGCAGGAUGCAAAUUACUUGAGAGAUGUUGUGGCACAGGGACGCAAGGAAAUGGAGAGAUUAAGGCAAGAGGUCGGCAUGGAUGCAGUAACACUCGAUGGGCAAGGGCAGGCAAAGAGAAAGAUUUUUAUGGAACAAGACGAUACCGAGAAACCCGAGGGAAAGAAGCGGAAACCCGACGCGGAAGUUCUCGAGCCCAUAGCAGCUCUGUCCCUUGAUAUUGCUUCAGAGAGAUCACCUCUACAAUCGCAAGAUGUCGUCGAAAAUGUUGAUGUCGAGGAAGAUGUUUCCAGCACCAAGUCCAAACCCAAAUCCCAGAAAGCUCUCGCCGCAGCACAGGAUGCAGCCGCUCGUUUACGAACAGAACGCAAGAAGAGGAAGCGUCUGCAAGAGAUGCGAGUUGCGAAAUUGGAGGCUUUGAAGAAGCGGCAGCGCGAGAUCAUGGCAGCAGCCGACCAGCUGGACCUGCAGCGAGCAAAGAUGGCCAGAACAGUGGGAGGCGUGAAUAAGAAUGGAAUCAAGUUCAAGAUCAGGGAAAGGAAGAAAUAG